AUGUUAGGUCUUAAGCUGAACAAAGUUUGCACGUCUGAGCCUGUCCUUAAUCCAGCCAGCAAGAUCCAGGUCGGCAAACGAGCCAACGUAUUACCUGAUGGUAAGCAAUCAGCGUCGCCCAUGGACACCCGCAACGACGAGUGCGUUGUCGACCUUUUGGGGAUUAGGGAUUUGGAGAUUUUGGGAAAGGAAACGUGGAACGUAAACGCGGGCCGGGGCGGGGCGGCGCGGGGUGCGCCCGUGGGCGGAGUCCUCGGGGGCAGAGCCUCCGCACACGGGGGCGAAGUCGCAGUCCGCGCCGCGACACGCGACACAGCGCACCUCUGA